AUGACCACAUUAAACUUCGAUCUUACCCUCGGGCCCUUCUUCUGGGGCACCGUAAUAGUGUUCAUUAUACCUCACACUGCAGAACGAAGGCUAUAUGGUGUCACCACUGCUCAGACAGCCUUCUUUUUCCGAAGUAAGCUUGGAGACAAAGGGACAUUUAAAGCCCUGAUUCUCUUUCUCUGGUACGUGGGAAGUACUCACCAUUUCCUCCAUACAAAGUUUGACUUGUAUAGGGGUCUUGUUGCUUCAAUUGUCGCCACAGUCACUAGUGACCUCAUCGAUCUACGCUCAGAGGAUAUGGCUUCGUAUGUGGCUCACUGGCUUUCCGAGGACUCAUUUCGUUUACAGUUUGAUUACGCAGUCAGCGGACGCAGCUGGCCAUUGCUAGCGGCUGUCACGCGUCUCGUCAGAAACCCUGUCGAUGCUGAUGAGUAUUCGUUGGAUAGCGACUGGAAUAGAGCGAAACUGAAGCUGUUUGAAAGCUUGCCGUCCUUGUCGUGGUUAAUGUACACCAGCCUCGGCGCCGCUGUCAUGGCGGACACUGCCAUAGCCGGUAGUCUCUGUGUGCUCCUGUGGAAGCGUCGGACAUCUUUCAGCAGGACAAACUCCCUUGUAUCUAGCUUGAUGGUUUACAGUAUCCAAACUGGGUUAUUUACAUGUUGCCCCCGGAGAGAAUGUCUGAGUGCGCACGAUCUUACAUCUCAUUAUGCUAGUAGUGUGGUCCCCAGUCGGUACAUUCUUCAAGGAUCUAGGGUCGGCCGGGAUGUAGGAAGGAGCGUCGAGUACGCGGAGCCGUACGGAGCAGUCCUUGGUUCGAUUUUUGCUACCAUACGUCCUUCUCAUCUCGGCGACGGAAUUUUAUUGUACUUGGGACGACUCACACCCUCUAUCAUCAAGACGGAGAGAAGCGAGAGUCUUGCAUUUGGCGUCGAGCCCAUACUGAGAGCAGCAUGA